UCUGAGCUUUCCAUCUGGCUCCAUGGGUUCAGUCUUCUGUUUUCAUGCCAGCACCAUACUGUCCUGAUGACUGUAGCUCUGUAGCAUAGCCUAUAGCUUUGCAGUAUAUUCCUGAAAUCAGGUAAGUUGAUUUCUCCAGCUCCAUUCUUCUUUCUCUCAAGACUGCUUUGGCUGUUUGAGGUCUUUUGUGUUCCCAUACGAAUUGUGAAAUUUUUUGUUCUAGCUCUGUGAAAAAUGCCAUUGGUAAUUUGAUAUGCAGGCGGAUUCCCUCCUGCUGGGCCAAAGGGGACAACGCCAAUUCCUCCCUCCUAAGAUACACAUGCGAGUUUAAUGGAGCAAUUUGCACGCGCUGGCACCUGCCUCCACCACUCAGACUGCAGAAGCCUGGACCCCCAGCUAGAAACCUCUGGUGCUCCCUCGUGCCUUCAGGAUGAAACCAGUCCUGAGCCAGACGGAGCCCCGGGCCCUGCGAGCCAGCCGUCUCCAGCCCCCACCAGGCCCGUGCCCGUCUCCCUCUGCGGGGCACCAGCCGCGAUGGGCUGGGAAUGCCUUUCCCCUUCCCUGCCUGGGGCCCCCUCCCUUCCCAAGCGCCUCCUCCUCAUCUCAGACCUGGAGUGGCCCCUGCUGGGGGCUCCUGCUGGGGGCUCACAUCUCCCCCUCAUUGCACGACCCCUCCCCCCUGUAGCUGUGGAGGGUCAGGGCUUGUGCGUGCUUGUGGGUGGCUUGGAUGCGGAUUGCAGUCCUUCCCUGGUGGCUUGCAGGGUUCCCUCAGGGUGUAGGCUUAUUUUCGAGUGUGGACAGCUGAUGGAGAAUGCGGGGCACGCAGGUCCUUCCAAGCUCGCGUCUUAUCUGCUGCUCCCCAGUCAGAUGCUCCCGCCUGAGGGGCCCGCAUGUGCCCACAAGGCUCCAGGCCCUGGCUCCCAGCCCAGAAAUGAGAGUUAUGAUUACUGAUUUGGUUGUUGAUGUUGUUAGGUGAAUCAGAGUUCAGUUCGCAGACCAGGGGUCGAACCCAGGUCUCUGCCAGUGAAAGCGCCCGGGUCAAACCACCGGACCACCAGGGAGCUCCCCAGCGGCGCUUCAGGAGGAAGGGCC